ACUUCGCUCAUGCAGGUCUCAGAGCUCCGCAGAAGCCCAGGCACCUUGAGAGGACCAGCUUGACCGAAGUGCACUUCCUUCCCCUGGGCCACAGCAGGAAGGUGACAACCAGCAGCGGAGCAGGCCACCCUCAGCUUCUGCACUCCGAGUCACCUUCAGGGAGGAAAAAGAAAAUGCUGUUUUGGGUGUUGGCCCUCCUGCUCCUCUGUGCUUUUCUGUGGAAUUAUAAAGGGCAGCUGAAGAUAGCAGACAUCGCUGACAAGUAUGUUUUCAUCACUGGAUGUGACACAGGCUUUGGAAACUUAGCAGCCAGAACUUUUGAUAAAAAAGGCUUCCAUGUCAUUGCGGCCUGCCUGACUGAGUCAGGAUCAGCUGCUUUGAAGGCCAAAACUUCAGAGAGACUUCACACAGUGCUUCUGGAUGUCACCGACCCAGAGAAUGUCAAGAAGACGGCCCAGUGGGUGAAGAGCCAUGUUGGAGAAAAAGGUCUAUGGGGUCUGAUCAAUAAUGCUGGUGUUCUUGGUGUGCUGGCUCCCACUGACUGGCUGACAGUGGAUGACUACAGAGAACCCAUUGAAGUUAAUCUGUUUGGGCUUAUCAACGUGACACUGAAUAUGCUUCCGCUGGUCAAAAAAGCUCGAGGGCGUGUGAUCAAUGUCUCCAGCGUUGGAGGCCGGCUUGCAUUUGGUGGAGGGGGCUAUACUCCAUCCAAAUAUGCAGUGGAAGGUUUCAAUGACAGCCUAAGGCGGGACAUGAAAGCUUUUGGUGUGCACGUCUCGUGCAUUGAGCCAGGGCUGUUCAAAACAGAUCUGGCAGAUCCCAUCAAGACAACUGAAAAAAAGCUCGCCAUUUGGAAACAUCUGUCUCCAGACAUCAAACAACAAUAUGGAGAGGGCUACAUUGAAAAAAGUCUACACAAACUGAAAAGCAAUACCUCCUCCGUGAACUUGGACCUCUCUCUAGUGGUAGAGUGCAUGGACCAUGCUCUAACAAGUCUCUUCCCCAAGACGCGGUACACUGCUGGGAAAGAUGCCAAGACAUUUUGGAUACCUCUGUCUCACAUGCCAACAGUUGUCCAAGACUUUUUAUUGUUGAAACAGAAAGUAGAGCUGGCAAAUCCCAAAGCUGUGUGACUCAACUGACCAACCACAAAUGCCUGCCCUCAGCUUCGAGAUUGGCUGAUUUCAGAGACUUAUCACCUCGAUCUCAUUCUUUACCAGACCUAACUCGGACUCAGUUAGACCAUGUUUCUAGAUAGUCCAUGGUCCCUUCAUAAGUCUUCUUUGAAAAUAAGGACAGAGAAGGCCUAUCACAUAACCAGACUUGCCUGAUACUGAAGCUUUGCCUGAGUGGUAAGAUGAAAGAGAAAUUACAGACUUCUCCAUCCAAAAGAGGUGUGCUGCUACCCGCCCUUUACUGGUUCAGUAAUCCAGAUUGUUGAGCAUUGUCUCUGGUCAAAAUGUUAAGCAAUAAGAAGUCUUUCAUAAGUGGA